UCUCUUGUCAUCAUGAUUGGCCAAUGGACCAGAGCAGCGGCCAUGGGCCUGCUGCUGGCCAUCAGCACAAACGCCUCCCCACUCGAGGCCAUACGCCGGGCGGAGAACGGCUAUCAAGCACCGCGGUUUAAUUACAACGGCGAAAAGGUCCGCGGUGUCAACACUGGUGGCUGGUUCGUCCUGGAGCCGUGGAUUACGCCCAGCCUGUUCGAGGGCAACACUGCAGUCGACGAGUACACGCUCGCCGGCGCCAUGGGCAAGGACGCUGCGCAGGCCAUGCUGCAGAAACACUGGGAUACGUGGUACACGCAGGACGACUUCCACCAGAUGGCCGCUGCUGGCCUCAACCACGUCCGCAUUCCCAUUGGCUGGUGGAGUGUCCUUCCCCAAGACGGGUCUCCCUACAUUACCGGAGCCUAUAACAAGCUCGGCGAAGCACUCGAUUGGGCUCAGAGCGCAGGACUCAAGGUCAUGAUUGAUCUUCACGGGGCCCCCUUGUCGCAAAACGGCUUUGACAACUCGGGCAAACGUGGCUCGGUCGACUGGACCCAAGGCGACUCGGUCGACUACACGAUCAAAGUGUUGAACAAGAUCCGCGACGACCACGCGUCCCACGCUGCUGUGGCCGCAAUUGAGCUACUCAACGAGCCCCUGGGCCCGGCACUGAACAUGGACACUGUGCGCCAGUUCUACAUGAAUGGCUGGGGCAACCUCAAGAGCUCGGGUGUUGCUGUGACGUUCCACGAUGCCUUUGAGGGCGUCACGUCGUGGAACAACUGGGGCAGCGGCAUGUGGAACCUGCUCAUCGACACUCACCACUACCAAAUCUUUGACAACUCAGCCGUGGCCAUGAGCAUCGACGACCAUGUCAAGACGGCGUGCGCGUUUGGUGGGCAGAUGGCGUCGACUGGCAAGUGGACGGUUGCGGGCGAGUGGACUGGAGCGCUGACCGACUGCGCAAAGUGGCUCAACGGCAAGGGCAAAGGCGCGCGCUACGAUGGCAGCCUGGACGGAAGCUCGUACGUGGGCAGCUGUGCCGGCAAGUCGACUGGCACUGUCGCCAACCUGUCGGAUGGAGACAAGACCAAUAUCAGGCGCUUCAUCGAGGCGCAGCUGGAUGGGUUUGAAAAGACGACGGGCUGGAUCUUCUGGACAUGGAAGACAGAGGCUGCGCCCGAGUGGGAUAUGCAGCAGCUCUUGGCCAACGGCGUGUUCCCUAAGCCAGUGACGGCGCGCAAAUACCCUGGCCAGUGUGGCUAAGCAUUUUGACGUUUUUUCAUGCACUGGGCUCUUGACAAUUUUCCUACUCUUUUCUCCUUUUUUUUUCCUUCUUUCCGGUUCCAUGAUGACAUGCACAUCACGCUCGCUCCACCAGCGCGACUAUUGUACGCGCACGACGACGCACCGAUUAGGAUGACGAGGUUACGAAUCUCAUUCCGUGUCGAACAUGUCCCGAAGCAUUUGCGCGGGUGUCCGGGGCCCCGCUUCGCAGGGCACCAUGGAUGCAUGUACGGGUGGAUGUUAGCAGGCGGUGGUGGCGAGGCGGCGUCGGGGCAUCGUAUGUAUAUAUGAGACGCAAAAACGAUAGUAUAGC